UCCUCGUAUCUUGGAGGAGGCGAGAGGUGCAUCCUUCGGUCCUGCCACCAUGGCCCAGCUACAGCAAAUCCUGGCUGUGACACAGAAAUGCUGUUCGCGUCAUCGAGUGACCUCUCUUCUUCUCCUAGCACUCAUCAUGACCUUCCUCGGCUAUAAGGGUUACCUGAACCCAAGAAGCCAGAAGCUGGACAGCAUCCAGGCCGGUGUAAGCAUGGCUAUCAGAGAACACAAUGGCCUGCGAAGUGUAAAAUUAUCGAGGAUGGUGUAUCGCCAGCCACAGGUGCUAACACCCUCUAGGAAAGAUGUCCUUGUCAUGACCCCGUGGCUGGCUCCCAUCAUCUGGGAGGGGACUUUCAACAUGGACAUCCUGAAUGAGCAGUUCCAGCUCCAGAAUGCCACCAUCGGACUGACUGUAUUUUCGGUAAAAGCAUACAUGAUCUUCCUGAAGCAGUUCUUGAAGUCGGCAGAGAGGUACUUCAUGGUAGGACACCGGGUGAACUACUACGUCUUCACUGACAAGCCGGA